AUGCCAGCCCCCAUCAGACUGCGGGAGUUGAUCCGGACCAUCCGGACAGCAAGAACCCAGGCAGAAGAGCGUGAGAUGAUCCAAAAGGAAUGUGCUGCUAUCCGGUCAUCCUUCCGAGAGGAAGAUAACACAUACCGAUGCAGAAAUGUGGCAAAGCUGCUGUAUAUGCACAUGCUGGGAUACCCUGCACAUUUUGGACAGUUGGAGUGCCUCAAGCUCAUUGCCUCUCAGAAAUUCACAGACAAGCGCAUUGGGUAUUUAGGUGCCAUGUUGCUGCUGGAUGAGAGACAGGAUGUCCAUCUUCUUAUGACCAAUUGCAUCAAGAAUGACCUUAAUCACAGCACGCAAUAUGUGCAGGGGCUGGCACUCUGCACUCUUGGCUGCAUGGGCUCCUCAGAAAUGUGCAGAGACCUUGCAGGAGAGGUGGAAAAGCUCCUCAAAACUUCCAACUCCUAUCUUAGGAAGAAGGCAGCAUUGUGCGCUGUUCAUGUCAUUAGAAAGGUGCCUGAACUCAUGGAGAUGUUCCUGCCAGCCACCAAAAACUUGCUGAAUGAGAAGAACCAUGGUGUUCUUCACACAUCGGUUGUCCUCCUCACAGAGAUGUGUGAGAGAAGCCCAGACAUGCUUGCACACUUUAGAAAGAAUGAAAAGCUUGUUCCCCAAUUAGUUCGUAUCCUGAAGAACCUUAUUAUGUCUGGAUAUUCACCAGAGCAUGAUGUGUCUGGGAUCAGUGACCCCUUUUUGCAGGUACGAAUCCUGCGGUUACUAAGAAUUUUAGGGCGAAAUGAUGACGAUUCUAGUGAAGCAAUGAAUGAUAUACUUGCACAGGUUGCCACUAAUACAGAAACAAGUAAAAACGUGGGAAAUGCCAUUCUCUAUGAAACUGUGCUGACUAUUAUGGACAUAAAGUCUGAGAGUGGACUGAGAGUGUUAGCCAUUAACAUCCUAGGCCGUUUCUUAUUAAACAACGACAAAAAUAUUAGAUAUGUAGCUUUGACGUCAUUGUUGAAAACUGUGCAGACGGACCAUAAUGCAGUACAGCGGCAUAGAAGCACUAUUGUGGACUGCCUGAAGGAUCUGGAUGUCUCCAUUAAAAGGCGUGCAAUGGAACUCAGUUUUGCUCUUGUUAAUGGGAACAAUGUCCGUGGAAUGAUGAAGGAGUUGCUGUAUUUCCUAGAUUCCUGUGAACCGGAGUUCAAGGCAGACUGCGCAUCUGGAAUAUUUCUUGCAGCUGAGAAAUACGCUCCUUCCAAACGCUGGCACAUAGACACAAUUAUGAGAGUCUUGACAACGGCAGGAAGUUAUGUUCGUGAUGAUGCUGUUCCCAAUCUGAUUCAGCUAAUAACUAAUAGUGUGGAGAUGCAUGCCUACACUGUGCAGAGACUCUACAAAGCCAUCCUUGGUGAUUACUCCCAGCAGCCCCUGGUGCAAGUGGCCUCUUGGUGCAUAGGAGAGUAUGGAGAUCUUCUGGUGUCUGGUCAGUGUGAAGAGGAGGAGCCAAUACAGGUAACAGAGGAUGAAGUUCUUGAUAUUUUAGAAAGCGUCCUGAUAUCUAAUAUGUCUGCAUCUGUUACACGAGGCUAUGCUCUCACUGCCAUCAUGAAGCUUUCCACAAGGUUCACCUGCACUGUGAAUCGCAUUAAGAAGGUAGUUUCCAUUUAUGGCAGCAGCAUUGAUGUGGAGCUACAGCAGAGGGCAGUGGAAUAUAAUGCACUUUUCAAGAAAUAUGAUCACAUGAGGCCAGCCCUGCUUGAGAGAAUGCCAGUAAUGGAGAAAAUCACCACAAAUGGCCCUACUGAGAUUGUACAGACCAACGGAGAGACAGAGCCAGCGGUACUGGAAACCAAACCUCCACCCUCUGGAUUGCAGCCUGCUAGCCAGGCAAAUGAUUUGUUGGACUUGUUGGGGGGAAGUGAUAUAACCCCUGUAAUCCCCACUGCACCUACAAGCAAGCCAGCCUCUGCUGGUGGGGAGCUCCUUGACCUCCUGGGAGACCUCAACCUAACAGGUUCUCCAGUAUCUGCCCCCGCGCCCCAGAUAGCACAGCCUCCGUUCCUGCUUGAUGGACUGUCAUCACAGCCUCUCUUCAAUGAUAUCGCUGCAGGAAUCCCCUCAAUUACUGCAUACAACAAGAAUGGGCUGAAGAUUGACUUCGCCUUUGAGAGGUCAAACACCAACCCUAGCGUCACUGUAAUCACGAUACAGGCCUCCAACAGCACAGAGCUGGAUAUGACAGAUUUUGUUUUCCAAGCUGCAGUACCAAAGACAUUCCAGCUGCAGCUCCUGUCUCCCAGCAGCAGUGUCAUCCCUGCAUUUAACUCGGGGACCAUCACACAGGUCAUUAAAGUCCUGAAUCCACAAAAGCAACAACUACGUAUGAGGAUCAAGUUGACGUAUAAUCACAAGGGCUCAGCAAUGCAGGAUCUAGCAGAAGUCAACAACUUCCCCCCUCAGUCUUGGCAGUGAGGCUCUGGCACCAUUCUUAUUCUCACCCCACCCAAUCAAAAGAACUCUGGGAAGAAGGUUGUGAUCCUUGGCAAUCCCCCAAACUGCACCAUGGGCAUGGGGAACAGAUGAGACCUGCUGAUGAGGAGGAAUUUUCCUGAAGUGAUUGCUGACUUUGAAGCAUAUCUGUUAAGACUAAUCUCCUCUCCUCCGCUGAUGAGGCUGGCGGCUUGUGGAGGCUACUGUGCACUCCCUCACACAUGCAUUCACAGCCAGAAGCAACAUUCCCUUCGCCCCUACCCUCCCCCCCGGCCCCUCCGCAAAGCAACACAGCCUGGUUGGAAGAGAAGUCUGGAAUUUCUAGCAGGGAAACUUUCUUCUCUCUGCAGCAAGUGAACAGCUGCCCGUUCUUUCCGCUGUCUUUUUCCCCUGGGGUGGGCAAGACGUGUUGUCAUUCAUUACUAGCUGGAUUCCUUCAGGCACUUUCACAUGGGGCUCAGACUGGGGACUUGGGGAAUGUCAGGCUGCCCUGCCUCUUUCUUCUUGUAUCCCCAAUGUCUGAAGGGGCUGGAGGCUUCUUACGGCCUAUUCAGUGCAUUAUUGUAUACACCCACCUCUGAGUUACGUGAUACAUGCCAAGAGCAAGUUAGGUCUUGGGAGUUAUCUGCAAGCCUGGGACAGUGCAGGAAAAGAGGUGCUGGUGAGAGCUGAUAAAAUUGCUUUGGUGCUGUACUUGGAAAUGAAGACUUUACACUUGAAUUUUCUUUCUUUCCAUCAAUAGCUACAGCCAUGCAGAUUCACAGAUGGUCUUCUGUACCUUCCCCAGAAAGUGUGGUGAUGUAUGAGAGAUGUAGAGAUCCAAGGAGCAGCUGGUUUUCUACCACAGACAGUUUCAAAGCCUUUUAACCCAUUAGUUGUGGUUUAUGGGUAGAAAAGACACAUUCAAUUUUGUAGAUCAGUCUUUGAGGACUCUGUUCCUGCUGGGAGACUCAUCAGAGACUAUGCUGCAAAGUUGCUCUUCCCAGUUAUUCCAGACCUUCUCCCCAAUUUGAUUUCCAGAGCCUACAGUAGACCCCCUGGAUUCCAUUUGAGUUACUUCUGACUGGGAUAUUUGUGUUGUAUCUGUAAUAUUGGCACUGAAAUAAAGACCAUGCGGUUUAAAGAGA